AAGGAGGGAGGAGACCAUGGAGAAGCGUGGAGAAGCGCGUGAAGUUGGAAGGCGUUUGUUGAUUGCCUUGUCAUGUCGUAGCUGUUGUUAGUAACUGCUCUUAGACACAUUUCCACGUAUAGCUCAGUGCAGGUUUCACUGCCAAAGUUGGCACUCUCUGCCACUUUAGAUUUGAUUUAUCACGAACUGCCUCUUUGUUUUCUUUCCUUCUUUCUUUCGUUCUUCUGCUUCUUUGUAUAUAUAUACACAAUAGACACUCACUCUUAUCUCACUGCAAGAAUAGAUAUACAUAUAUGUAUGGUUGGUGUAGGAGAGAGUUGGAGAGCUGAUAAAUUUCACUUGCUCUCUGCUUUCUGGAUUUUGCCAUUUCUCUUGGCCUUCAAGAAUAACAGCAUGGUGGGAAUUGAACUCAGGCAGGAAGAAAGGAACUUUGUUGGGAGCUUGAAAGAGCAGGGAAUAUUAGACAAUAACUUUGAUCAUGUACUUGAUUUACGAAGUACAGACAAUCCUCGCUUUGUUGUGGAAGUGAUAUCCAUGUUCCUGAAUGAUGCUGACAACUGUAUAGCAGAGUUGAACCGUCACCUGAAUCAGCCUGUUAUUAACUAUGCCCGAGUUAUCAACUAUGCUCACCAGCUUAAAGGCAGUAGCUCUAGCAUCGGUGGUCGCCAGGUGAACCUUGCCUGUCGUGAGCUUCGAUAUGCUAGCGAUAAUAUGGACAGAGACAGGUGCUUUGAGGCUUUUAACAAGCUGAAGGAUGAAUACCAGAUUCUGAAGAGCAACAUAAAUAUGAUUAUCCAGAUAGAGAGAACCAUCAUUGCUAGUGAAAGCAGGAGACGCCGCCGCCUCCUCCAUCCAUAGGGUGGUGGUUUACCUUAGCCCAUUCAGGUGGUUCAUCAGAAAAUCUGGGUUGGCUUACAAAUAUAUUCUAUGAUCAUAUAAAUAAGAGUUCAUUACAACUCAAAGUUCUCCCUGUUUAAGACUGCUUUUGUUAUAUGUUGUGUUUGAAACUUUGAAUAUCAAGUACAGCUUUAUGAUCA